UGUCCAUGGAUAAUUAUAUUUUUGUUUCUGUUUGCUUUGUCCACUGUGCUGUUUGGAGCAGUGGUGCGGUUUUAAAGUGUCCUGCAAGGGGCGCUGUUUAGCGGUGACUCCGCUCCUUUCGCUUCAAGCGAAGAAGAAGCCGCAGCAGCAGCAGCAGCGAGCUAGUGUAAACAAAGCUGCCAGCCGCCAGUCUAUUAAACGCCCAAAACGGCUUAAUGUGGAGCACAGAGAUGAAAUAAAGACAUCUGAAUGAACUGAACAGCGGUCCGGUCCGGGAGCUGCCAUGUCCCGGCCUGCACUCUGACUAGGCGAUGAUGGCUGCAGGGCUGUUUCCCACGAACAAGCUGGUUCGCAGCGCCGCGUCCGUCCAGCAGUACCAGCAGCAGAACCUGACCAACAACAACACCACCGCGGCUCCGGGCUGCUGUAACUGGCAGGGCCUGUUCCCGACCAUCCGAGAGAGGAAUUCAGUCAUGUUUAACAAUGAAAUGAUGGCAGAUGUUCACUUCGUCGUUGGGCCGGCUGGCGGAACACAGCGGGUGCCGGGACACAAGUAUGUCCUGGCUGUUGGCAGCUCCGUGUUCCACGCCAUGUUCUAUGGAGAACUGGCUGAGGACCAGGACGAGAUCCGGAUCCCUGACGUGGAGCCUCCGUCGUUCCUCGCCAUGCUGAAAUACAUUUACUGUGAUGAGAUCGACCUGUGUGCCGACACGGUGCUCGCCACCCUCUAUGCUGCUAAGAAGUACAUUGUGCCUCACCUGGCCCGAGCCUGCGUCAACUUCCUGGAGACGAGCCUGAGUGCCAAGAACGCCUGCGUGCUCCUGUCCCAGAGCUGCCUGUUCGAGGAGCCGGACCUGACCCAGCGCUGCUGGGAGGUGAUCGACGCUCAGGCAGAGCUCGCUUUGCGCUCCGAAGGCUUCUGCGACAUCGACACUCAGACGCUGGAGAGCAUCCUGCUGCGGGAGACGCUCAACGCCAAGGAGAUGGCGGUGUUUGAGGCGGCGCUGAACUGGGCAGAGGCCGAGUGCCAGCGUCAGGAUCUGUCGCCGACCAUCGACAACAAGCGGCUGGUGCUGGGGAAAGCCAUCUACCUGAUCCGCAUCCCCACCAUGGCGCUGGAGGACUUUGCCAACGGGGCAGCACAGUCCGGCGUGCUCACGCUUAACGAGACCAACGAUAUCUUCCUGUGGUACACGGCCGCCAAGAAGCCCGAACUCUUGUUCUGCACCAAACCUCGUAAAGGUCUUUCCCCGCAGCGCUGCCACCGCUUCCAGUGCUGCGCCUACCGGAGCAACCAGUGGCGGUACCGAGGCCGCUGUGACAGCAUUCAGUUUGCCGUGGACAAGCGUGUCUUCAUCGCCGGCUUCGGCCUCUACGGCUCCAGCUGUGGGUCAGCUGAGUACAGCGCCAAGAUCGAGCUGAAGCGUCAGGGCGUGCCCAUGGCCCAGAGAAUCAUCAAGUACUUCUCAGACGGCUCCAGUAACACCUUCCCUGUCUGGUUCGAGUACCCGGUCCAAAUUGAGCCUGACACCUUCUACACUGCCAGCGUGGUUCUGGACGGCAAUGAGCUCAGCUACUUCGGCCAGGAGGGCAUGACAGAAGUGCAGUGUGGCAAAGUGACGUUCCAGUUCCAGUGCUCUUCAGACAGCACAAACGGCACCGGAGUGCAGGGAGGCCAGAUCCCAGAACUCAUCUUCUACGCCUGAGCUGCUUCACUGCUGUGUUGGGGUCUGGACCCACUACUGAGCCUGAUCCAGUGAUUUAUGUUUGGUGACGCGAGAUCAUGAGGGGACUUAUGGGUAAUGUAGUGCAGCUCUAGCUUUCCAUUAUUGUUCUUUAGUUGUGGAGUUUGACUCUAGUCACUACAGUGACAGUCGCUGGAGCUUCACCAGACUGUGACGAUGCUUUGUGUUGAUCCACAAUUUGUCUCCACUGAGACUUUGUGGCAGAUGAAGCAGAUUUCUCAGCAUGUCAGUAGUUUUUGCACACAGAGACAGAAGUGUAUUGUAUGUGAAGCCUUGUGUGAUCAAGCCUGAAGCUGCACACGGACCUGGUUCUGACCAGUCACACUCUCGAUUCUCCAAAGCUGCUGCUCUAAACAUCACAGAUCAGCGUUAGACUCAACACAGUUCAGUCAAACUCACUCUGGUUCCUCCUUGUUCAUUAGUUAUGCUUCAAAUCAUUAGUCAGAGCUACAAGUUGUAGCUUUAGACGCCGACUGACUCACCCAGACUCUUAUAAGCAUAAACGUUAAGCUCUGUCAGCUGAAAUCGCUUUCAUUAAAAUCACUGCUCUAAGCGUU